UUGUCAUUGGGGUCUCAGGCAAUGCUUUCCUUCUCUUCCACAUUAUCUUCUUUCUAGGGCACAGACCCAGAUUCACUGACCUAACUAUUGGCCUCUUGGCCCUAAACCACCUAGUGAUGCUGCUCACCAAAGGAUUCAUAACUGCAGACAUUUUUACCUCUCAAGCGAGCAGUCACCUCAUAGUCUCCAUUGCUGCUACUGUGAAUUUGACCAGAGAUCACCUUAUGUAUGUCAGUGAAUCCUGCUCUCUUUUGCCCAUGAGUUAUAUUUCCCGGCAAAUAUUUUCCACCUUGUUGACCUUCUGGGAAGUUUUCUUUAUGUGGCUCAUGUCCCUCUCAGGUGGAUACAUAGUGAUUCUCUUGUGCAGACAUAAGAAGCAGUCCCAGCAACUUUGCAGAAUCAAACUUUCUCCGAAAGCAUCACCUGGACAAAGGGCCACUAGAACCAUUCUGCUGCUUAUGUGUUUCUUUGUGGUGAUGACCAGUUUGGACAUUAUGUUUUACUCAAGAAUUGUGUUGAAUAAUCCAAUAUUUUAUUGCAUCCAAAUUCUUAUGGCCCAUAGCUAUGCUGUAGUCAGUCCUUUGGUGUUUAUUACUACUGAAAAAUUUAUCAAUAACUUUCUGAGAUUCAUGUGUGGAAGACAAUAA